GCGUAGCCACACUCAAUUCUGUUUUCUGUACUGCUGGUUCUGUUUUGGGUUUCCUUUUCCUUUUCACCAUUUUUGUGGGCAUCACUCCUCUGAUGGUUGUGCCAGAAUUGAUUUUACUUCUGUUUCCUGUCGGUCGACUGGAGCUUGAAAAGUUCUGGACCAUUAUAGAUGGUCGCUGUGAUAAUUAAUUACUUGGAAUUGUGCAGGUGCAGCCGCAGUGGCUUUUACUUGUAUAUGUAUAUACUCAUCGGUGGGACCAGAGGAAGAUGGCUAAGGCCGUGUCGGGGUUUGGCGCCGGAGUCGGUCCUGGGACGAGUGUAGGUGGACGCCCUGGACCGUCGAUCGUGUUUGGAAGCCGCGUAGGGUCUACGGUUGCUGAUACGAGCACGAGUGGGAGCGCAGGAGGGGGUUGGCGGGACUCGAACAGUGACCGGUCGAGGUCGCCGCCUUCUGGGUUUCGGUCGCCGUCGCCGACGACUGCUCGGUCAAGAUCGCCGGCCACGGGUCUGCGAGGAGCUGUAACUUCUCAAGCGAUACAGAGAAUAAACAAGGCAUUUGGAAGGGAGGGGGUGGGAGGGGGCGGCGCUGGGAGAGGGAGUGACCGAUUGACUGGAGGAGGAGGCGGAGGAGGAGGAGGAGGAGGAGGAGGAGGAGGAGGAGAUCGAAGAUUAGCAGGAAACGGACUGGGGGUAAGGGACUGGCAGGGCGAGAGCAUUGAUUCCACAAGGACGAGCUCAGGAGGAGGUGCUUCGUUGAAUCGAAAGAGUGACGACGUUAGCAGAGGUGGUGCUGCGGAACUGGCGAGGAGAGAAGCGGCGGCAAUUUCUAGAGUCGGUGCCAGAGGAGGGCGAGGAGUAGGGGGUGAGAGGGGGGGGGGGACGAGAAGCGCGGGGAGAGGAGCAUGGGUGGGGUCCAAGCCUGUGAUGGCGGAGCAAGACAUCGCAAGGGAGGCGGACGGGGGGGGCGCGGCUAUUAAUCACGGGGGUCUUGGCGUCGGCAGGGCUCGGGGAUCAGUUGAGGGAGUGAAUGGGGGAGGGGCUGGAGGGGGAUGGGGGGGAGGAGGAGGAGGGGAAGGAUCAGGGGGAGGAUGGGCAGCCGGAGUAGUGGCUGGUCGAUUGGGGAAAUGGGAAGGUCGUUUUACGUACAUAAGACCGCGCGAUCUUGAUGCUGCGCCACCGGAAUCAACGGUGGUAAGACCGAUGCCGUCAGAUGUCAGGGUGAAACCACGCGAUCUUGAUGCCGCACCACCGGAAUCAACGGUUGUGAGAGCGAUGCCAUCAACUGUCAGGGUGCGAGAAGACGAGGAUCGGCAUACCAGAAGGGAGCUUCAGCAAAGACAAGUGCGCGCACAAAGAUUUGGGGCCUACUUGGGGCCAUCAGCUGUUGAUGAUCCUGAGCCAGUGGCUGAUGGGCUGAACCAGGCAAAUCAGCGAUCUCGGGGAAAAGCAAUGCCCGUAUCAAAGGCAGAGCGAGUCUCCAAAGGCGAACCACCGCUGUCGCCACUGCGUCUCAGCCCCGAGCCUGCUGGAGAAGUUGAGAUGGAGCGAUUGGUUUGGGAUGAGACAACUGUGCUAUCCGGGACAUGCCCCGAUAUGUGUCCCAAGGCUGAGAGAGAGGAACGCACUCGCACGGGCCAUCUUGACCCCUAUGAGCUGCUGCCGGGGGACAGCUAUCAGACGGAUGAGACCCGGGCGGUUAAAGAGUAUAAGCGUGCACCUGUGAUGAAGGAGGAGCACAUCCGGCCAUUGCCAGUCCUUGAGAAGACAAUGAAUCACCUCCUUGGGCUACUAAACCAACAUUACAGCAACGAGCUAGUUGGUCUGCAUCGGUUCCUGUGGGAUCGUAUGCGCGCAAUUCGCACUGACCUGACAAUGCAGCAUCUGAGAGAUGACCGAGCUGUUACCCUGCUGGAGCAGAUGAUUCGGUUCCACAUCAUAGCAAUGCACGAGCUCUGUGAGAAGGAGAAGACGGUUUUUGAUCAGCAUCUCAACAUAGAGCAGCUCAACAAAGCAUCUAUAACUCUGUUUGAGAUCUACGACGACCUUCGUAAGUGCGGACAGGCAUCAAAGAACGAAGCGGAAUUCCGGGCCUACUAUGUCCUCCUGAAAGUCGAUCAGCAUGAGGGAUACUCGGUGCAGACCGGGGAUCUCGCAUUGGAUCUUGCAAAGAUGCCCAGAGAAAUAAGGAAUUCCAAAGAGGUGAAGUUUGCUAGGGAAGUUGUGAAGGCCUACCGUUUGGGUAAUUUUCGGACCUUCUUCUGUCUUGCAAGAAAGGCGGAUUACCUUCAAGAUUGUCUCAUGCAUGCACAUUUUUCAAAGUUGCGAUCCUAUGCACUGGCUGCAAUCUACAGCAGUAUUCAGAGACUCAGUGGCAUCCCUUUGACCACAGUGCAGUCGUGGUUAGCCAUGGAGGGCGAAGAUGAGGUGAGGUACCUCUGCGAUUAUCAUGGGUUGACGGUACGUGACUACGAGGUCCCGUAUUUGACCAAGGAAUCGCCUUUGUUUCUUGACCCAGGCCAGGAGUAUCCUGCCAGGCUGUCACAUUUGGUAAUGUCGAAGCGGUCACGGUUGAUUGUUAACGAUGUUACCGGAGAUCCCAAGCCACACACAGGUAUCCCACCACAGAGCAUGCCAAUGAGACCAAAGCCUGUGGCAUCAUUGAGUCCUCUGAAGUUGAAGCUGCAACCUAUCAAAGACAACCAAACGCCGCGUAGAAAGAGCUUAGAAGAAGGUGAGAUUGACUCGGAUGACGAGGAAGAAGGACAGAUUGACAGUGAUGACGGGGAGAAGUCGGUUGGAGGCGAGUCUCUCAACGGUUGGAUGGCCGAUGGAGGGAAGCCACCUCUCGAAAGUCCAUUGAGAAGUCCUGUAAAGAGCCCAAGGCUGGAGGUCCAAGCAGACACUGGUGGAAGGCAGGACGGGUACCAGGUCUUGGAAACCCCAGGAAGUACCAGCAAAUUUCCCGUAGAGGAUGCACGACCGACUUUCCCAGGGAAGCGUAAGGUUUGUGGUACAGUGUCUGAGACCGGUAGCCAGCGGAAAAGGGCAGCAAAAUCCAGGGAUAUCCUCCUGGGAAGCGAAGGCACAAGGGCCGCAGACUCUCUCCUGAGAGCACAGCGAGAGCAAGAGAAGAGGAACAAGGAGAGAUUAGAAAGAGAGGAAAGAGAGAGAAAGUUACGAGAGGCUCAGAAAGAGAGGGAGGCGGAGAAGCAGCUACAAGUAGAGAGAGGUCGAGCCUUACUCUGGGUGAGGCGAUGGCAGAAGAGAGCAAGGAAAAAGGUGCAGGAGAAGCUCCAACUAGAAAGAGCGGAACUGGCUAUGAUGGCAUGUGACGUUGGAAGCGUCUUCAGGAAUUGGAGGGAAGGCAUUCGCAUCGGUGGAAAAGAUUCACAUAUUGAGGGUGGAACAGCCCUACAAGCAACCGAGAGGCUGAGGGAGUUGCACCAUGAGCUCAGACUUCUCAGGACAGCAAUGAAUGCUCAUCUGGAUGUACCAUCUGUGGUAGGUAAAGAACUCGUGCAGCAAAGCCCAGGUAAAUCUUGUCUGACGUGGAGAAUCGUUCUUUGUAGUGGGUUGCUAGAUGCUGCCUCAGGCCCAGACCACCAGUCUUUGAACUCCUACGCUCACCCGGGGAACCAUCUCGGUGCUUGGGUUCGCACAAAGAUGUCUAUGGGAAGUAGGAAUCAUGCUAAACUCCCGGAGGAGAUUCAGCGGGAGACUGUGGUGGCAGAGUGUCUGGCGGAAGUUCUACCUGAUGACGAGGAGAGCGGAGGCCGUACGCUCUGGUACAUGGCCAAGGAUGUUGGGCUGGACGAACAAGGAAAGAUGCCUGCAUCAGGGUUCAAAGGUGCACAGGGCCUUCUGCUUGUUCUCAGGAGCAGUGUUGAACCUGCUGCAGAGCGCACAAGGGUCAAGGGUUUGCUGGACUCUUUGCCGGUUGGAGGUCGUGUGCCUGUGUUGAUUGUGGCCAGCGGGGAUGCAUGCUCUUAUGAGGCAAACGGUACUGAUGAAAAGCCAGGAAGGCCUGCGUGGGAACUGAAGCUCGGUAAUGAUCUUGGCCUGGACAGAUUGCUAAAGGGUAGGUUACGGUCAUGGCAUGCAAUUGCCGUCGACAGCAGAAUGGGGGCUGAUGGAACAGUGUAUUAUGAUGAGAAGCAAUUUGUUCAGGGCUUGAAAUGGCUUGCAGAGAGUGGGCUUCAGCAACAUGAUUUGGUCCCUGUGAGUCUGAAGGAGUUAAUCAUCAGGCACGCCAAUGAGCAUGUUGAUUUGUUGCGCUCGGUAGAUAAUGCGGAGCUCGGUCCGGCUGACUGUAUUGCAGCUUUCAAUUAUUCACUGGAGAGAUCAGCGGCGAUGAUUGUGCGGGCUUCUCAGGCAUCUCCACAGUUUUCGUCGUCGUGGGAAGCAGCGCAGUCAGGUCUGCAUGGUGGGUGGAGAGAGUGGUUGAAGGGGGUGCUUCCGAAGGCAGGGUGGAAGGAACCUGCUGAAGUCGGCAGAGUUUCCAAGAUGCUGGAGUCGCUUCGAUUGCCCAACUACCCCGAGGAAGACGCAGAUGGCCAGGAGAUGCAGAUGUGGGCGACCUGGGUGCAAGGGAACAGGAGUUUGUGGGUUGACUUCCCUCCCAGGACGCCGGCUCGUGUACCCGUGAGGACAGCUUUGUCCAUGACAAGCCGUCAGAUGAGACCACGAUCUCCAGGUUCUCAUAACGCCAAAUGGCAAAAGGAGGUGGCUGGCAGUGUGGAGUACAGCAGAAGGGACACAGAAAGUGUUGAAGUUGGUAGGUGGUGGUGGCUGAGCGCCCAGAAGAAGAGAAAAACGACCGAGGAAGUCCUCUCUGACGGCAGUCGGGAGGAAGAACCUGGUGGCAGGGGCUCGUCUGAAGUUGCCGUCACAGAUGCAGUCUUGCAGUACCUCAAUCUUAUCUGCAUAGAUCCAGCGAGAAUUUCACCCGCUCGUUUGUUGGUUAAACAUGUUAUAGGGCGAGCGGGGAGUGAGAGUGAACAGGUUCAGGGGGGUGAGACAAGGUUGCUGGUUGACUGGCCAUCAGUUUUUCAAGAAAUUUAUUGCCUGCGGCUAUCUAUGUUGCCCUCAGUGCAGGGAGAGGAUGUUGUGUAUCUAUUGAGGGAAGAGUGGGAAUCCUUCAGCAAGCGAAACCUUGAGGAGAGGCAGGUGGUGCUGAGGAAGUUGUUGAGCAGGCCAAGACCUCCGAUGAGCGGUGUUGCAAGAAAGAUCUGCAAGGUGCCAGACAGCUCACUCAAGACUUCAGAUGUGUCCAGCGGUAAGCAUCAGAAGAAGAACACAGUGCAAAUCAGAAGUGCGAGCCCCACCAGCCGGUGUGAUAGCGCCAUGCCAGUGCGCUUAAGGAUGACUACGGAGUAUGAUGAUGAUCCUGCAACCCCACGGAUACCAAGGGCGAACUUGGCCUCGUCGUUUGAUUCAUUGGCUGCAGAUUCAGCCACUCGAGGGCGUCUUCCCCAAGGCAAGCAUAGUGCUAGCGACGUUCGACCAAGCCAAAGGCCAGGCAACAGUGGAUCUGAAAGUAACAAAAUUGCGAAAGUCCAAGAAGUGUCACUCAGAUCCACUUCGCUUGGUGAGGGGGUGAAAGAAGUGGGAAGAGCAAGCUUAACAAGGGAACAAGAUUCGGUGACCAUCGUUUGUGGAAUCUUUCCGCCGACAGAGACAGAGAUUGAGAUGCAGAAGCUCGUUGAAGAGGCUAGGAGAAAGGGCAAAGAGGACGAGGAGUUCUUGGCUAGGCUAAACGAGGAGACGGAUGGGAGGCCAAAUAAGAAUUCGGAAGCUGGAGGGCAAGAAGGGACGAGAGUGAUGCUAAAAACGACAGCUGGCAGCCCUGAGGUAGACCGUGCACAAGCGGUUCCAGGCAGACAUCCGAGCCAGGACCUCAUGGGUGUAGAAGGGCCUCACUCUCCAAGGGAAUUCUGCAGCAAAGAUGGUUCGAAGCUGGGCAUGGCUGGGUGGGAAGAAGUCGAGUGGGAAAGGAUAGCAGCCGAAGUUAGGAAUGAUGUGCUGCAUUCACGUUUGGCACAGAUUUCCGCGAAACAUCCGGGUGGUCACCGUGCCUGCAGAGCAGAGAGCAUGCAGUUUGCGCAUACAGGAGCAGCAGCUGUUUGCAGUGACGAAGCAUCUGUCGAUGCGAGGCAUGGAAAGUACCUCGGGAAGGAAAGCUUCACAGCACAACGAGAGGUUGGCUCUGCAACCAAGGAGCAAGAUGCCAAAGCAAACUGUGCCUCUGUCGAAGGCACAGCUGAAGACAGGAGAUGGGCAACUAAUGACGCUCUGGAAGAGUUCGAGGAAGGCCUAGAGAUGUGCAGGCAGAUGGAACUGCAGAUGGACAAAGAGUUAGAGGAUGCCAUGCUGAUCGUAAGGUCAUUAGGAUCACAGAAGCCACCCCACUCCGAGUGACGUGUGUUCUAUACUAUAUUAUAAGUGCAGUAAUCAGCAGCAAGAGCAUUCCCGACUUCCAUCCUAUGCAGACUUAACCAGGAGCCUGGCCAGUCAGCGCGGCAUCAGAGAAGUGUGUGCUUUGACAUCUUGGAUGCGCACAGUUUGAUGGGAAGCUUAGUCAGAUUACGCACGCUGCUUAGUAGUUAAAGGUAAGGGUAUUGUUAUUGUUCGUUUGAAAGGUCGGAUCAUGGAAAAGCAGCACAUGGUCAAGGAGGCGGCCCCUCCUCCCUGUUCUGCCUGCCUGACCGUGCCUGUGUUGUUUCCAAAAUUUUGUUCUGCAUUCUGCAAGCCAUUGGAGUGGCUGUUUUUUUUUUUUCGUUUUUUUUUUUCAGAAUAUUGCCAUGAGUUUUAAAGCCGGGCAAGCAUGAUCCUCGCGGACCAUUCCACAUUUGCGAUGGGUAAGAAGUGUCAUUUCAAGUUUCUGUUCUUGCAGUGUACACGCUUUUGAUGUUGCGAAGCAGAGCUGCCAAUAAGUAAAAGUAGCUCGAUAUU